AACUACUACAACUUUUAGGUUGCCAUGAAAACACCCUACCCACCGCUCCAGGAAGGAAAUUCCUUCCUCAUGUUGGCUAUGCUGUGGUACUGGAAUGGAGAGAUGAUGUGUGAUGCUGAUGACCACCUAAUGCCGGCUAUGAACAUGCAAGAUCCUUAUCUUCUCUUAGAAGGAUAGUUCCAGGACAUUUGAAUUGUAAAAAUAUGAGAAUUGAGAUGGUGAGUCAAGGAAUUGCUUUUGUUGUUAGGUCUUUGAACACAAGAAAUGUGAAGUGUAAUUGUGAGAAUUUAGAUGUUCGAGUAGUGGAAUUGCUCUUGUUGUAGGACUUGGAACGGUAUACAAUACAGAAUACAAGGGAAA